AUGGGGCGUGUCCCCCCUCUCCAUGCUCCAAUAUUAUCCUCCCUCUUUGUUUCAUGUCGAUAUUCUCCAGAGAAGGCAGGGAAAUGGACCUAUCGCUCCGCGCCCAUCUAUUCGCUCGCCUCGCGCAUGAAGGAGUUUGCGAAUGACCAGACUCCAGGGCCUGCCGCCUACGGGCUCCCCCCAGUGAUUGGGCCCAAGGUCGUCGGCAAGAGCUCUGCCCCAAACUAUUCCCUCCUGGGGCGCAGCUUGCUUGGCAGCUUCUAUGAGGACCUGAGCAAGACGCCAGGGCCCUGUAACUACCGUGUGGUGGAACCCAGCGUGUACAAGACCCGGGCCCCCCAGUACAGCAUGCUUGCCCGCAACAUGCUCCCUGGGGACAACAUGCAGAAACCAGGGCCCGGGGCACACAGCCCGGAGAAGUACGUCCAGCAGCGUGGCCAGACCUUUGGGAUCCGCCACUCCGACUACCUGGCGCCCCUUGUCAUAAACAGAUAGCUAAGGGUUAAUGUCUCUUUCACCUGAACCACCUGACCAGAGGACCAAUCAGGAAACAGGAUUUUUUUCAACUCUGGGUGGAGGGAAUUUUGUGUCUGAGUCUUUGUCUGUCUGCCUGCUUUUCUCUCAGCUUUGAGAAGUGAUUUCUGUUUUCUAAUCUUCUGUUUCCAAGUGUGAGUACCACACAUGGUUUUGUUGUUUUUGUAUUUACAUGUCUAUAGUGGCUGGAGUGCUUUGAUUUGUAUUCUUUUUGAAUAAGGCUGUUUAUUCAAUAUUCUUUUAAGCAAUUGACCCUGUAUUUGUCACCUUAAUACAGAGAGACCAUUUUUUAUGUAUUUUUCUUUCUUUUUUAUAUAAAGCUUUCUUUUAAGACCUGUUGGAGUUUUUCUUUACUUCAGGGAAAUUGAGUCUGUACUCACCAGGGAAUUGGUGGGAGGAAGAAAUCAGGGGGAGAUCUGUGUGUGUUGGAUUUGCUAGCCUGAUUUUGCAUUCCCUCUGGGUGAAGAGGAAAGUGCUUUUGUUUCCAGGACUGGAAUUACAGAGGGUGGACUCCCUCUGUUUAGAUUCACAGAGCUUGUGUCUGUGUAUCUCUCCAGGAGCACCUGGAGGGGGGAAGGGAAAAAGAAUUAUUUCCCUUUGUUGUGAGACUCAAGGGAUUUGGGUCUUGGGGUCCCCAGGGAAGGUUUUCAGGGGGACCAGAGUGCCCCAAAACACUCUAAUUUUUUGGGUGGUGGCAGCAAGUACCAGGUCCAAGCUGGUAGCUAAGCUUGGAGGUUUUCAUGCUAACUCCCAUAUUUUGGAC